UAGGUCCUAUCCGCAGAGAGAGAUUUAGGGGCGUGGUCUGGGGGAGCUCUCCCCCUAUUGGCGGUUUCGCUUCCCGCGUCUUCUUGGAAAUGGAACAGGGGAAAGACCAACGUGAAAGGGCUGAGAGGGGAUGGCGAUACGCAUGCGCACAGGUCCCUAGCUCAGCAGCAAAUUCCCAGCCGGUCGAUGGAGCAAGGAGGUGCAGGAGGCGGGGUGAAGCUGCAAAUGCCCGCCCUGGAAAACCAUGUGCUGCCUGGAUCCCGGCCAGUUUUAUUUCCAGUGGGGAAAAAUAUGAGCAUGCUACUGGUUAUUUCAGUUCCUGCGGUGGAGGUAGAUUUUUCCAGCACCUUUUUGAGCAAUUCAGAUCCAGGGGAGAUCCAGACUUAGAAUGUGAGAGAGUGAAAAUGUCUUCCACCAAAGUGGGCUUUCGUCUGGCUGCCUGUUUACUAAACAUUUCAGAAGCCAGAAAAAAAGACAUUGUUGAGAAAAUAGCUAAAGCUGCGCUUUAUGAUGAUAAUGGACAGAAACAUUCUCAAGCCACAGUACUUAAUAUAUUUUCUGAUUAUGAUUACAACAGAUCAGUCAUAACCAUAGCAGCUCCCAUUGACGUGUUAGGCAACUAUGUCAUUGCUGCCUGCACUGAGGCUUUCCGGUCAAUUGAUAUGGCUAUCCAGGAAGGAAUCCAUCCUUGCCUUGGAGCAGUGGAUUUAGUUCCUAUCUAUCCUCUUUUGGAUGUAGGCGUGGAGGAAUGUGGAAAUGUGGCUCAAAGUGUUGGAGCCAGCCCCUAUGUGAUGAAUUGCAAUGUGACUAUAGACACUCAAGACCUGGCUAUAGGAAAAGAUAUAGCACGUGCUAUCCGAGGCAGCAAUACACGUGGUUUAAAGGGUGUACAGACUAUGGCUUUUCCCCACAAGAAAAUUGAGAUAGCUUGUAAUGUGGAGAGCUUUGAAGAUCAAGACAAUACAAUGACUGCACAUGAAGACUCUGGCUACAUUUCAUACUGUGUUCUUGGGAAGACUUUUUCGUAUGUAUCUCCUCAAUCUAUAGAGGCUCAAAUUAAAAAAUUGGCCAGCGACUUUGGGAUAAAUACUGCCAGGACAGCCUUAGUUGGAUUUACUCCAGAGGAAUGUAAGCACUGUGCCACAUAUGCAUUAAAGAAAGGCAUUAGAGAAUUCUGGAGGAUGAGGGGAAGCUUGUUCAUGUGACGUCCAUUUUAGCUCAGCAGUUAUGAAUCAUGGUAUGUUGAAAUUAUGGUCCUUACCAAUUAAAGAAACCCACAUUAUUUUGUUUAUGUGGGGAGACACAAAUGCACAUUUGCAAAGUUGGAACCAUUUCAUGCUUACAAGUGUGUAUUGAUUGCCCCCGUGAUCUGAUCAGUGGAUGAUGUUAUAUACUACCAUAGAAAACCAAAGAUGGUUUGUCAUACCUGAUUCUAGGGGUCUGUUGGUUUUAAUGGGUUGUCUAGUGAUCAACUGUCCCAUUUCCUUGAGAUCCAGAUGUUUGCAGGCCCUCAUCUAGCAAUAGUUUGACCAUCUCUGGGUGCCAGCUGUUGGACCUCACAUGUCAGUGUUCAAGGCUUCAUCGCACUGACAGAGGAAAAAUUGCUUAUUUGGAGUGUGGGGAAGUGGGGCCUUGAAUGUAAGGGGACAGUGGAAGGGGUUCUUUCUUUUUUUUGUCUGGGAAGAUAGCAGUUAUUAGAGCUGGUCAAAAAAUGGGGAAAUCUUUCACAAAAUAUGUGUUGUUUUUUCACUCAUUUAAAAUGUUUGAAAUUUGAAUGCUUUCUGCCAAUUCCAGCGGAGGGACUAUAGAUAUGUCUACACUAGGAAAUUAGGUCGAAUUUAUAGAAGUCGAUCUUUAGAAAAAGCAGCAAAGAGUCCACCAACGAAGUGGAUAUUCACCCACGAAAGCUUAUGCUCCAAUACGUCUGUUAGUCUAUUAGGUGCCACAGGACUCUUAGCUGCUUUUACAGAUCCAGACUAACACGGCUACCCCUCUGAUACUUGAUCUUUAGAAAAUGAUUAUAUACAGUCGAUCAUGUGUGUCCCCACUAAGCGCAGUAGCUCAAUGGAGUGCAUCCUCAAUAUCGUGGCUAGCAUUGACUCACAGAGUGGUGUACUCUGGGUAGCUAUCCCACAGUCCCCGCUGCCCAUUGGAAUUCUGGGUUAAGCUCCCAAUGCCUGAUGGGGCAA